AUGUUCGUUGUUCCGGAAAUUACAGGUGGGGCGUCGGUUUCUCACCAGUCAAGCGAUCGAAGACUCGAACUGGCCGUCCCGAGUCGGGAUACUCCGAGUACGCACCUCGCGUACAACUGCACGACGACAGCGGCACUUUGGAACCUCAGGCAACACCCCAACGUGCUCAACCUGGAGACGUUCGACACUAUGACCGAUAACUCCGACGUGUCAAACCUCAUUCGGACGGAGUCGGUGGUCGAUGCUACAGCGCAAGCUCGAAGACUUGAGGCGAGCACGUUUGGGUUCGUGAAGGAUUCUUCCUGCAAAUACGACUGCGGGGACAAAGGUGGCGACGUAGGGGAGAUCGACGUCGACAAGUGCUGGGCUAAGGUCGACAGUAAGUGGACGGAGCAGCAGUGCAAGUUGCAGUUCUACGCAAAGAACAGCGACUGCACGACUGAAUGCGGCUACGAAGGCGAUACUAAGACGCUGCCAGCAAAAUUAAUGCUACGACUGCUCAACGACACUGUGACUGUGAGCAACUCCGGCUACCAGAUCUUUGAGACUGGCAACUGCUCCGACACGUCCGACCCAGCCACGAACUGUUGCCGCAUCACGUGCGAGAACUGCUUCCUGAACGUCUCCAUCGCGUCCAUGUUCGCAGAUGUAGAGGUUGUCGGGGUGUCAUUUGAAGAAGCGAUCGAGAUGGAAUUAACGGGGAACGCCAACCUCCAAGUGGCCCUGUAUGUACCGAAUGGAUACACUGUGGAUGAGACGACGCAGCUUAAGAACGCGAGCUUCACUAUCCCCCUGGGCGAGACGGGAAUCAGCGUCGAGAUUACAAUGGGGCUGGAUCUGCGCAGGAAAAUGUCGCUUCAACCCCAUGGCUCCAUAGUAAACAUCGGUGCGACUGCAGAGCUCCAAAGCUUAACAGCGGGUUCGCUUCGCUCCGAGAAAUUCCACGGCGUGCAGAUCACGACCAACACGUCGAGCAAGUUGGCUCAGAGCAGCAUCGAUCUGGAGAUGGACCUCGAGUUAACUCCGUCCUUCCAGGCGUCUCUGUCACUGCUAAAUGGGCUUGCUAAAGUGGGCGUCAAGACUGAAUUCUUGGUGUUUGUAGAGCUGAACAGCACCUUCCAAUACCCAGACCCGUUUUCAGGUCUGUUUUUGCAAUAUCUCGACGAGUCGUCGCUGUGGCACGGAGGGGAUUGUCGGCUUCCUCACUUCAUGGAGUACAAUGACAACGCCGGUUAUGGGGAAGUCAACGUCUCGAUCCCUCUCUCGCUCGCAGUAUCUCGCGCUGUUAACACGACGACGGAGCUAGACGUCUUGUCGUCUUCGGACCGGUCCAGCUUCAGCUUGUUCAGCGGGUGUGUGGCCACCGCCUACGAUGCGGAGGUGCUUCUCUCCACAGCGAUCGAUACGGUGUCGGCUUUGUCUGGUGAGAAGAUGGACGCGUUGCGGACGAUUCUCGUGUGGACACUUGGCAUGACCGACAUCGACCCAGAAUUCGUCAACAUUACUGAGGUCUCCGCGCGACGGCGAGCGAGGAAUGAGACGUUUGCGGCUAAGGUGAGCGACUACGUGGGGCUAGACAUCGGGGCGCAACCACGGGGGAUCAAGUCGAGUGCGUGUCGUGCGAUGGUGAUCAAGAUGGCUCGUUGUGUGAGGAGGAGACACGACGUCCGGGUCGGAUCCAGUUCAGCAUUUCCGCUCAAGGUGGAGUACGCCUGGCCCGAGGCGGCACCCGACUUCACCGAAUGGUGGACUGCCGCGCUGGCGACGUCGAAGUACCUGUCGGACCGAAUGGCCAUGGCGAGUCAAGACGCUGCGUGGAUCGCGGAGCUUGGUCCGGUACGGCUGGAGCUGUGCCUGGCACAGGAUGUCUCCGGCAUCGUGAUUCCGCCGAGCAUCCUGUCGCCGCGCGAGUGCGUUGCGCUCAUCCAGUCUCUCAUCUUCGCUGCCGGUUUCAGGUUUCACAACCUGAUCCCGAUGUGGUUCCAGUCGCAGUCGUCCAGAGUCACGCCGAGUCUGGUGCGCUCUGUGGUCGAGGACGUCCAGCACUUCCUCGCGUUCGAGCUGAUCGAGUGGCGCGAGUUGGCAUCCGGUGUGCCCUUCAAGAUCGUGCUGGAUGCGUCAGACGCCCAAGACCAGACCGAGUCGAACUCUGGAAACACUGGAUCGACACUGUCACAAGCUGUGCGAGCACCGAUCCUGGACUACCAUGCAGAAGACAACGACGGAGAUCUAUUGAUGUCGGAUUACGAAGCUGGACUAUUGGGUCGCGAGUUCGUCCUGCGCCUACGAGUGGCCGCCCUCCGGAGGACACGAGGCCCGCAAGUGUCGUCCACCGGCGAACCGGAUUCCAAGCGCCCGCAGCACGGACUGCCUCGCCCGCCGUCCACCCAGUCCGUGUCGUCGAUCCCGGCUGCGCCGCCGCUGUCCACGCCGUCGCUGUCUUCGCUCUCGUCGUACCACGCGUCCAGCGAGUCUGAGCGCGCAUCCGGUACUGGAGUGUUGGCGCCACAGGGUCCGCCAUCUCGUUCACCCUCGGAUCUUGAUUCGAGCCUGUUCGGGACGACGCCUGGAUCCAACGAGUCGACGUUCAGUGCGGCGUCAGCAGCUCGAUCGUCCAGAGGCAGCUCGUCUUCGUCGUCUCUGUGGUCCGGACACGAUGCCGCGAGGCACAUCUCCGCGAUUCGGUACGGACCCAUGGUGAUGACCGCGCAGGCAGGAGCGAUCCAGUCUGGUGCAGGCGGAGGAGUCGUCGAGAUCACCCGGACAGCACUCCCUCGGUCAUCGACGGCGGCGGUGAAGCAGGACGAUGUCGUUAUGUCGGAGUCCGAUCGCACCACCGUCCGGAGUGACCGAAGGUCGAGAGCUUCAUCCGGUCGGCAAACGACGUCCAGGCACGAGAGGCGAAGCCCGUUACCAAGUGAGUCUGACUCCAGUGACGAGGACCGGAUGCGCCACCGAAGGUCUUCGAGAUCGAAGCGCGCACCGAGUCGGUCGAGCAGGUCGACUCGAUCCGGUCGAUCAAGCCGCUCAGCGAUGUCCAUGAUGUCCGGGGCGUCCCAAGUUGCGCUCAACACGAUGCGCCAGACGCAGGAAGCCCUGGCCAGGAUGGAGCUGAACCAGGGGGCAUCCGCUGCCAACGCGGCCCGACUGAAUGAAGGUCUUCACAGCGCGUUCCAGGCGAUCCAAGAGCUCGCCGGACGCACCGCUACCCCUCAAGGCAGUGUGCAGACCGGAUCGAGGCCGGACGCCCCAGUCCCGGAGCCUCCCAGCGUGCCCAGCACGUCUCCAAUGUCGACGAUGCAGGCGCAUGAAGUGGCGGCUACCAUCGAGAGCGCCCGCGCCGAGGCAGCACGCCUGGAGCACGAGCACGCUGCCGCCGAGUUCGCCGAACGCUGGAGACAACAGGAAGCGCAAGCCGAAGCCGAACGAACCCGAUGGGCCGAAGAUGUGCAACGGGGACUCAACGCUCAACUGGAUUUAUUCCAAGAGAAGGUCCACCAGAUUGAAGCUGAGCGGGAGAGGGAGCGAGAAUCUUCCCGGAACAUUCAGCGGUUUCAGGCCCACCAGUUACACAACCUUCGUGCAACACGCCAGGAAAAUCCAGUGGCUCAAGCAACAUUGGGAUCUGAUUCGGUGUCGCAUGUGAAGACAGAGACCGGGCGUGAGACAUUGUACCCAGUAUCCAGUGUGCCUAUCCAGUCUGGUCAGGCGCCCAUCCAGUCUGCGACGCCGCGGGCCGACGAGCUUCUAGCAGCCCAACUUCAGGCGACGAUCAACAGCGUUCUCAAGGCGAGAGCAACCACGGGAGCCAAGGCGCGCGCUGUUCAAGCUGCGCUGGCGAAGGACAAGCAGGAUGCCCCCGCGAAGGACGCGAAGAAGGUGCCCGUGAAGCAGGAGCCUGCCAAGGAUGCGAAGGACACCAGGUCAGGACCGCGCAAGCGUCCAUCCGGUGGGCGAAGUCGCGGAAGUGGUGACCCCUCCGGAUCCGACCCGGACUCGAGCUCUGAUGACGGCUACGACGAAGGCUACAGCUCAAGCGACUCCGACGACUCGCUCGCGAACGUGCCCACGCACUCCACGUCGGUGACGACGAAGGACGGCAGGACGGUGAUGAACUUCCGGCCGUACGUGAACUCAAACUCACUCGAAGACUUCGACGACAAGGCGUCGUACCAUGAGCGGACACGAUGGUGGGAGCGAUUCCUCACCUUGACCGUUCAGGGUGGUUGGACGGACAGCAUGAAGGUGUACGAGUUACGCCUGAAGCUUCCUACAUCCGCUCGCCACUGGCGUGCACAAUUGCCGAGGCAUGUACGAGACGACUGGACCCAGCUAUCCCAUGCGUUCAAGCGCAAGUACUGCCGGUCCAGGAUGUCCGACUCGGAGAGGUACUACACGAUCGAGCAAGGACGGACUGAAUCGGCGCUUGACUUCUUCUUCCGACUGAAUGCGGCCGCCUGCAAGGCGAAUAUGGAGUUCAAGAGGUCAUCUAGGACGCGUGAGAUGCACAUCAAGCGUUUUAUCCGGAAGCUGACCGAGUCGAAGCUUCGAUCCAGUCUGAAGAGCCAGCGUCUGCACAGCAUCGACGACCUGGAGUUCAUUCUGCGUCAAUACGAAGACGAUCACCAGGACAGCGGACGUGAGAACUCGGCAUCCAGACCACGCGACUUCCGCGCGGGCAACGUGCAUCGAGACCGCGAACGCGAGCGAUUCAUACCGAAGGGUCCUGGCCGCGCUUACGUCGUUCAGAGCGAGGAUGAAUCAGACGAAGAGGAUCGUCAUGUGCGUUUCCAAGACGAGGUGGAUGAACACAGAGUCGAGGUCGCACCAAAGCACGACUCGGUCCCUCCUGCCUCGACACGACCGGUGGAUCCCGACCUGGUACCGCCAGUGCUGGAUGAAGGUGUACUACGUGACGCAGUGUUCAGUGUGAUGACGGGCUCAGGAUGGAGACCGCCACCACCUGGCCAACAGUCAGGGGCGUCUCGAUUCGGUCAGCCCUCCGCGCCGCAGUCGCCGAGAAGAAGCAAUCCUGAUUGGAAUGAAUUCUGUGAGAAGUGCGAGAGGCCUGGACACCGACAGGAGAAUUGCUGGAUAGACAUCGUGUGUGAUCGCUGUCACCGACGCGGACACCCGAUGCGCGUGUGCAAGGUCAACCCGUGCAGGAUUUGUGAACGAUUUCAUGAAGGACCGUGGGAACUUAUGAAGACCAUCGAAGCACUGAAGAAGCUGGCACAAGAUGGAGGAGCACUGAAGGACAUACUGAAGAACCUACUGGAUCAGCUAUUGGAUGACAAGGCGAAUUCAGGGGGGCCGUUAAACCACUAA